GCGGUGGCGGCUGGAACUGCAGGGGUGGGAAGGCAGCGUGCGAGCGGGAUCCCGAGCCGCGGAGCGCGCUGCCUCUCUCUCCGCCGCGGAUGACUCGGGAGCUCGGGUCCAAGUGGCGCCCAGGCAGCAUCCCUGCCCUCAGCCGUCCGAGGAGAGUUGACGAUAAAACACUUAAAAGUCUCCGCUGCGGGAAGCCAUGAGCUGUCUGGAUGUUAUGUACCAAGUCUAUGGUCCUCCCCAGCCUUACUUCGCAGCCGCCUACACCCCCUACCACCAGAAACUAGCCUAUUAUUCCAAAAUGCAAGAAGCCCAGGAGUGCAACGCCAGCCCCAGCAACAGCAGCGGCAGUGGCAGCUCCUCCUUCUCCAGCCAAACUCCGGCUAGUAUAAAAGAAGAAGAAGGCAGCCCGGAGAAAGAGCGCCCACCAGAGGCGGAGUACAUCAACUCCCGCUGCGUCCUUUUCACCUAUUUCCAGGGAGACAUCAGCUCCGUUGUAGACGAGCACUUCAGCAGGGCCCUGAGCCAGCCUAGCAGCUAUUCCCCAAGCUGUACAAGCAGCAAAGCCACGCGGAGCUCCGGGCCCUGGCGGGACGGCUCCUACCCCAUGAGCCAGCGCAGCUUCCCCGCCUCGUUCUGGAACAGCGCUUACCAGACGCCGGUGCCCGCACCGCUGGGCAGCCCACUGGCCGCAGCGCACUCGGAGCUGCCCUUCGCCGCCGCCGCCGCCGCCGACCCCUACUCGCCGGCCGCGCUGCACGGCCACCUGCACCAGGGCACGGCUGAGCCCUGGCACCACGCGCACCCGCACCACGCGCACCCGCACCAUCCGUACGCGCUGGGCGGCGCCCUCGGAGCCCAGGCCGCCGCCUACCCGCGGCCCACCGCCGUGCACGAGGUCUACGCGCCGCACUUCGACCCGCGCUACGGGCCGCUGCUGAUGCCCGCCGCCUCCGGGCGUCCGGCCCGCCUCGCGCCAGCCCCGGCCCCCGCGCCCGGCAGCCCGCCCUGCGAGCUCUCCGCCAAGGGCGAGCCGGCCAGCGCCGCGUGGGCCGCGCCCGGGGGACCCUUCGCGAGCCCCGCGGGGGACGUGCCCGGGGGUCUGGGCCUCAGCGUCGACUCAGCUCGUCGUUACUCCCUCUGUGGUGCAUCCCUCCUGAGCUGAUCUGCUGACCUUCCCCUUGCCCCUUCCCUUCUGACCAGCCUUGGAGGCUCAGCAUCUGUGCCUCUCACUUCAUGGAUGAGGACAUGGGGGAAGGCAGAGACUUCAAACCGCUCCGUGUAUCGGGAGAACCAAAACACACGCGACCGAGUUUUCAUCUAAAAAGAAUGCCUUCUGCCAAAAGAGCAGACCCAGAGACUCUGAAUGACGCUCAAUGACUUUUGGACAAAUCACUGGAACUAUCCGUGGUGAGAUCACUCAGGUGACAAGAUAUCAUGGUUUUCUUGGAAAGAAGGAAAAAGAGACGUUUUGGUGUGAAUAUUUUUUUUAUGCUGGUGUGAAUCAUUUCAUUAAGUAGUGGGAUCACAGCACUGCUGAUGUCAAUAUCCUCACAUUGAAAAUGUCUUUGUAUUUGCAUCGAAGACUAUAUGGUAGAGAAGUCAAAAGAAGCCAGUUCUUUCUUCCUCACCUGUAGCCUCCAGCUCCCUUCCUGCCCACUCCCUCCCUGCAACACCCACUCCCUCCCUGCAACACCCACUCCAGACACAAAGACACACCUUUUCUUUCGGACUGUGAACAUAGAAGCCUCAGCCUGAAUGUGAGUGGCAAGUGGCUUAUCUGGAGCCACCUGCCCAAGUCUUACUGAAAUGCAGCUGUCGUAGGACAACUGUUUAAAACUCCAGAAAUACAUCGACCAAGGUGGCACUUCCCAGUGUUUGGCACAACAAUUGCAAUUGCGCUGAAUAUGUUUUAUACAUGUGUGUGUAUAUCAUAUUUUUUACAAAGGACAUUUUAUGAUGAAAGAAAAAACUCUCUCUGCCUUCUCUCCCACAAGUUCUGUCCCUCCCUCUAUCCUCCUCUGGAUGGGAGGAAAAAAAAAUUAAGCCUCUAGAGACCCCAAUGGUCUCCCAAGAAGAACUAGGAAUCACCACAAGGGGAAGAGAUGUCCAUGGAGUCUUGGGUAUCUCAAAUAUUCUUCUCAGUCUCUAUGGUCAUGAUUUGACCCCUUCAGUAUUGGGACAGGGGAAGGGGUACAUGUGUGGGCAAAACUGAAGGUGAUGAGGAAGAAGAAACGAACAUUAAAGAUGUUUGUUUACCACUAGGUUGCUGUGUUAUUUCUUCAAAGGAAAACAAAUGUCUUAGUUUUUCUCUAAUAGAGUAAAAUAAUUUAUAGUAAUAUGACCUGAUGUCAGUAAGUAAAAUCACUUUGUGUAAGUAUUUUUGGUUUUCCAAAGUGUUUGCCAUGCCAUGAAAUCUGAGAACUCCUUUCCACCUUGUAUCAACCUUGGAGAUGGAGAAGUUAGGUAUUCCCACUUCGUUUCAUAAAUGAGAAAAUCAUGGCCCAAGGAAGCCCAGGUUACCUGAUAGCUUUCAUCAAGUAAAAGAGAUGUAUAGGAAAAGCGACUUGUGCACCAUUCGAUCAGAUACACACAUUAUUCCCCAAAAGAGAAUUAUCGUUACUUCUUAGAUUCCACACUCUUAAGAUAGUAAAGUACUCAGUUUAAAAAUGUUUUUGAAAUCUUGGUUGUUUUAUACGUUGAUCAGCUAGGCUAAGAAACCAAACAUACAACUAGGCCAGAAAAAAAAGAAUUUAUUAAGAACUUAAUGGUUUUAUGUUCCCUUGAUGCCAAAGUUAUUUGUGUUCUUUCCCUA